AUGGGUGCCUCGGCCCUCUGGGCGGCCGCGGUGGCCUCCUCCCUGUCCGCCAGCGCGGCGCUCACGCUGCGCAGCGGAGACGCAGGACUGCCGAAGUUUUUGGCUGUCACCGGGUACUGGAGGCUCACGGGCAACGACAGCGACCAGGGCCACUUGCGAACAGGUCCUGGUGGGUACAUGAAGCAAAUGCAGUACUCCUGCACGCUGAACACGCCCAUGGUGUUCUACGGAGACGCCUUCGGCAUCGAGAACAUGCUGGCGGCCAGGGGCGACGCACAGCCGCCCGCUCUGGGGGCCACCGAGGUCAAUUUCUCCUCUUUCGAGCCGUGCGCCUCGCACGGCGACAUGAUGCGACAGAACCCAACGUUUUGGAGGGGACGCAUCCCCGCGACUGCCCCUCCAUCUCCCUGGGCUGCGUGUGGGACGGGAAGAUCAGCGUGUUGUCCCGCGCCGCACGCGAGCAUCCCGACUACGACCUCUAUGCAUGGGUUGACGUUGGCAUGCACGCCUCGGGCACUUCCAGGGACGUCUUCAGAAGCCACGACAGAAAGCCGUGGCCGCAUCCGAAGAAGCUUGCGAUGCUGCCGCUGGACAAGAUUUCCAUUAGCCACUCCGACGUCAACUGCAAACAGCAUUGGAAUGAGCCCUUCUCGUUCUGGCACUGCGCUGCGGCCACCGCGUUCGUCGUCCCUCGCAGCCUCGUUUCAACGCUUGAGAAGUUGUUCUACAGGAAGCUCCAGGAUCCGAGUGCAUCGAGUACUGGGAGCACAGGGACAGGGUAUACAUUGA